AUGUAUCAACUUCUUCCGCUAGUUAGUGUAUUUAGCGCUGUAUUUUCCACUUUGCCUGUGGAAAUGUGGUGUCUUAUUUUAAGACUCCUGGAUUCCUCGUCAUUGUUGGCAGCAGCCAGAAGUUCUCCACUUUUCGAACGAGUUGUCGAAGGAGACCCAAUUUUAAAGAAGACGGUCCAGAAAGCAAAGCGAGAUGAAGAGCAAGAAAUUAUGGAACGGUUUACCAGGCCUGGAAUGGCUGCCAGCAUCAGCAGAGAUGAGCAUGCCAUGCUGUUUGGUACGAAUAGACAGAAGAUUGUAACAAUUGCCAAAAGCAAGUAUUCGCUUAGGUGGAGCCCAGCUUUUAAGGACGAUGAAUCUUACUUAUCUGAAAAGUUAAAAGAUGCGAAAACGAUUGUUCGUUCGCGAGGAGCACCGAGUGACAAGUGGGAAGCUAAAGUUGGAGCUCGAGAUACAGAUAGUGCGAAAGAUUUAUUGUUAUAUCGUCGGGAUUUAGAUGGAACAGACCGGCCGAGACAAAUCCUCUCUGAUGGAAGCUAUUAUCACCGUAUUCUAGCUGUUGUUGAGGAGCCUGAAUUUACUGAUGUCAUCAUGAAUCAAACUGUGGCCGCCGGUAGAGCUGCGAAGUUUGCCUGCUCCGUGAAGAACUUGGGAUCUUUCAAAGUUGCCUGGAUGCAUUUUGAACAAUCAGCCAUAUUGACGGUACAUAAUCACGUAAUUACAAGAAAUCCAAGAAUCAGCGUUUCCCAUGAUAAGCACAGAACUUGGUUUCUCCACAUCACCAAUGUACAAGAAGAAGACAAAGGUCGUUACAUGUGUCAAAUCAAUACGGUAACUGCAAAAACCCAGUUUGGAUAUCUAGAUGUUGUUGUUCCUCCUAAUAUCGACGAUUCGCUAAGCAGCAGCGAUGUUAUUGUUCGUGAAGGCUCCAACGAAACACUCUUUUGCAAAGCCACGGGAUUUCCGGAACCCUCCCUUAAAUGGAAACGAGAUGAUGGUGCUAAGUUCAGUAUCAACAAAACUCAUAAAGUGUAUGAGUGUGAAGGAGAAAAAUUGGAACUUUAUAAAAUAUCUCGACUGGACAUGGGUGCAUACCUAUGCAUAGCCACUAAUGGAAUCCCGCCAUCUGUCAGCAAACGUAUUAAACUGAGCGUAGAUUUUCCACCUAUGCUGUGGAUUCCUCAUCAAUUGGUUGGAGCGCCAUUGGCUUAUUCAGUUACAUUGGAAUGUUACACUGAAGCUCAUCCCAGUUCAUUAAACUAUUGGACUAGAGAAGACGGUCAAAUGAUUCAUGAAUCGCGAAAGUACCAUGCGGAAAAUUUAAUUGGUUCACCAACCUACAAAACUCAUAUGACUCUUACAAUCAACAACAUUCAGGAGAGCGACUAUGGUACCUACAAAUGUGUGGCGAAAAAUCCUAGAGGCGAAACUGACGGGACUAUAAGAUUAUACACAUCAGAUCCUCCAACCACCUCACCAAAGCCUACGACAACAGAAACACCCAGUAGAGUGAAAGAUUGGGGACUGAACGACUUAAACAACUCAGUUUAUUGGAAUCCGUCCUCUCUGACCAUACAUAAUGAUAAAGGCCACAACUAUCAGUCCAAUUUGAAUGAAAUAGACAAAUCUGAACAAAAAUCUGGUACCGGUAAUAAUAGCAAAGGAGUUACAUUUAGCGCUACGGACAGUGCUUCCAUAAUUAAAAAUUGUUUGAUUCUUCCGAUUGUGAUUUUCGAAGGAGUAAUGUAUGCACUACUACGGUGAAUGCAUUAAACACAAAGUUACUUAAAUGUUAGGCAUAGAAUUGAAAAUAACGUUAACUGUAAGCUGUGAGCGCUUAAAUGUAAAAUUGUUUAUAUGUAUAAUCUAUUUUAAAAUAUAAAGACUGAGAUUGAUUAGAUUGAAAAUUUAUUGGAAUCACCGAAAUUAUUUCAAAGUAUAGCGUAUUCGAUUAUCUAAUAUUGCACAUUCAAAUAAUCGUUAAAAAUAAUAGGCGUUAAAUAAUGUCAUGAAAUUAAAUAAAAAUUGUUUUACUUUUAGUAAUGUUGCAUUAGGUAAAUGGCAUUACUGAAACUGUAUUUCAAAAUCAAAAUUAAUCAGUGUUAGAACGCACUAUCCUAGAAGAUUAUACAGUACCUUAAGCUGCUAGGUGGAUAUUUUAGAUUUAAGUUAAAACGAAAGCAAUUAAGUGUUUUUCCAAAAAAUUCCAAAAUAAAACCAAUAGCUUCGCAGUUAGUGCCAAAAUCACUAUAGUGCCAAAAAUCAUGCUUAUGGCUACACUCUGUAUAAUCUAAUAGUAGAUUUUUUGCAAAAGUAGAAAUUUGGCGAAAUAUCAUAAGGUGUAGCUUUUCUAAAUAAGUUACAAAAAUAUACAACCGUAUGAUAAAAAAAUUGACGUUUGCUUUGUUGUAAGAAUACUAUUACAGGGUAAAAAAAUCUCCGUUAAAUAACCAUUAUACGAUUCUAGAAGUUUUAAUAUCAAAACAAUGCAUCAAAGGUUGACAUUCUUUUUUAUCUCAUAAAACGAAAAAUUUCAUAUAAUGCUAGUAAUAAUGCACCAUUGCUUACUAUUUUUAUCAUAUGGUAAUUUGGUGUGUAAGUACAAUCUAACAUAAACUUAGCAUUUCGUAAAUAAGUCGUAUUUAAAACUAAGAGUACUUUAAAUUAAAUUAAGACUUACAUACUAACCAGUGAAAGUGGAUUGCAAUUUUGCUAAUUAUUUAAAUAUCGAAACAUGCGAACGAGAAGUGCCUAUUAUUACAGAUUAGUCAUUUUCCAGUAUUUCCAAAAACAGACCUGCAGUAUUUGUGGUCGAAAGCAUAAAAGCUUUAUAGAUUUGACAUUUCCAUGGAAAAUAAAAUUUCAAGAGCCCCUUCUCGUUCUAGAAGAAGUUUUAACAGGGUAUUAGACUUUUUAGAGAAGUCAAAUUAGCUUUAUCAAUAUUUGUCCACUUUCAGUCGGCUAGAACAUGUCAAGAGCUUCUCAAAAAGCUCAAGCGUGGAUGGAAACUUUAUUGGUCUUAAUUUUAUAGCAUUCGAAGUUAAUGUUGAAAUAAUUGCAUCCCAUUGUUAUAGUCAAAAUGUAUUUUUGAAAACUUGUGUUUUAAAUAAGAUGCACUAUUCGAUUAAUUCAUACUUUUAAAAUAUUUUUCGCUAAUAUUUAUUAAAGUAUAUAAUGUGUGUAAAAAUAUAUCAAUAAUCCACUUGCG